GGUCGCGCGCUCGCUGGCUGGCCGGGAGCCGUCGCUGCUGCGCUGUCGCCGCCCCUCGAUGUCGCCGCCGCCUUUAAAGGCUCGGGCUCGGCGUCGCCGCUGCUGCGCUGGCGGCGGCGGCUGUGGGCUGGGCAGGGCUCGGGCUGCCGGGUGCGGGCGGCGGCGGCGGCUGCUCAGGAUGAGGGCUGCCGUCGCUCUGCUCACCGUGCUCGCCAGCCUGCUCCUCUGCCUCUAUCUCCUGUGGCUCACGGCUGACGGGCCCCUGAGCUCCAGGGACUGGAGAGGCGAAGCCCGGAAAGCCGUCAAUUUCACCCCGGGAGUGCCCAGGAAGCUCGGUUUCCCCUUGGAGCCGGCCGCGCUCGCCACGAACAGCAGCACAAAUCUGGGUAUAAAAAAGCCACUCCAUCUGCCACCAGAAUGCAAAAGCCUACAAGACACGCUUUUAUCUUCAUUUAUGAAAAAAAAAAGGUAUUCAGAAGAUUAUUACCUUGAAAUUAUUACAAACGUACAGAAUUGCAGAUGGCAACGACAACCUGAAGAAUAUAAGAAGUUUAGGUCAAAACUUGUUUCUUGCUGUGAUGCUACACACAACCUUGUCAUUUCUCAAAAUAACACUCCACUUGGGAGUAACAUAAGUUAUGAAGCAGAGAGGGCCAGCUUCCCUAUUGAAAAGGGCAUUUUUCGAAUGCUGCCAGUGUCACAACCGUUUGUGGGGCGUCCCUUUAAUCAGUGUGCAGUGGUUGGAAACGGGGGAAUCCUGAGAGACUCUAUCUGUGGAGCUGAAAUAGAUAAAUCUGACUUUGUUUUUAGAUGUAAUCUCCCCCCAAUCACAGGAAACAUUAGCAGAGACGUUGGCAAUAAAACCAAUCUGGUUACUGUUAAUCCCAGCAUCAUUGGACGGAAGUAUGGUGAGUUAAACGGGAAUAAAUCGGCGUUUGUGAACAGCAUUGCCACCUAUGGAGAGGCAUUCCUCAUCCUGCCGGCUUUUUCCUUCAGAAGGAACACUGACAUCUCUCUGGACGUGUACCACACACUGCAUGGAUUCAAAGCCAAACAGAAGGCGAUAUUUUUUCACCCCAAGUACCUGAAAAGCCUCGCCCAGUUCUGGAGAACUAAAGGUGUGCACGCCUUCCGCCUGUCCUCGGGCUUAAUGAUCACGAGUGCCGCCAUCGAGCUGUGCGAGAACGUGAAGCUGUACGGAUUUUGGCCUUUCUCCAAGACCACCAAUGACACACCCAUCAACCAUCACUACUACGACAAUGAGUUGCCCAAGCCCGGCUUCCAUGCGAUGCCCAUAGAGUACAGAGAAAUUCUCCAGCUUCAUGGGAAAGGCGUCCUUAAGCUACAGUUUAGUAAAUGCGAGGCAGCUUGAGCCAGAUGGUGACUUCCAUGGGAGGAUUUUCUCUGUGUCAACACUCAUGGUUUGACUUGAUGUUGUUUUUGUGAAUCCUAAGCCGCAUUACACCAAGAUAUAGUUUGUAUUUGAUUAGCUACACAAAGGAUUUGGACAUUCUUCAAAAUACACGAAGUAGUUCCUUUCCUGAAGAGUUAACUGUGUUAUCUCAUGAGCAAAGAAUUAUUAUUAUCACUGUUUGUUGAGACCAUACUAGGUUGUGUCAAUAUUCAGCCAGAUCUUGGGUACACUAAAAAGCGUAUUUGGGCAAGGUAAUUGUCUCAGUGGCACAAAGAUGAAUUGUUCAUGUUUGAAUGUUUUAUUAAAAUGAGACCAUCUCUUUUGAAUAGCAAAAGUUUAUAUCCUUAUGGAAAAGAUGUGUGGUUAUAUCAGAAAUGAGACUAACUUAAAAGCCACAGAGAAAAAGGCUUAUGUUCGUAUUGGGCCAUUAAAUGCCUUUUGGUUUGAAUGCUGACCUCAUGUUCUACUUUCUAAUUAUACCUAUUUAUAUAAGUUGUAAGCAUAUCUAAAAAUAUUAAGCAAACAAAUCUACGUCCCCAAUCUCCAUCUUAUCUCCUUGUCUACUUAAAUGGAAGUAGUUAAGGAAAGAAAGGACUGGGUCAGCAUGCUGAAUUUAUCUAUAACACCUUUAAAUUUUAGCCUCAACCAGUCCAUUAUGUCUUACUAAAAAUUCCUUUUUCCAAAGGCUCUGAUGGACUCAUUUUGAUUAAGCACAAUCUCAGCUUGGUCAUAUUCACAUGGUUCACAGCCUGUGUGGUUGUCUUUUGAUUAUUUUCAUUUUAAUGUAUUUUUGACACAUAAAUGGGUUUUCGUUUAUAGCACAAAAGAGAAACCUCCAUUAGCUGUGUGAGGUGAUCCAAUAAAGUUCACUUAAGUAAUGAGCUUUUACAAAAAAAAAAAAAAAAAAAGGAAAAUGACUUCAUAUUG